AACAUUUAAACGAUGACGUUUUCUUACCAUCAAUACCGCAUAUGCUGCACGCGAGUUCUUAAACUCGUCAAUUUUUCGAGUUGCAACUCACCUGAUCCCUAAUCUUCAAAGAGUAUGGCAGAAGGAGAUGAGGAUUUGCCGAGAGAUGCAAAGAUUGUGAAAUCUCUGCUUAAAUCAAUGGGUGUGGAGGACUAUGAACCUCGCGUUAUACAUCAGUUUCUCGAGCUAUGGUACCGUUAUGUUGUCGAUGUUUUAACCGAUGCUCAGGUUUAUUCGGAGCAUGCUGCUAAAUCUUGCAUUGAUCCUGAUGAUGUUAAGCUUGCUAUUCAGUCUAAAAUCAAUUUUAGCUUCUCACAGCCGCCCCCGAGAGAGGUCUUACUGGAAUUGGCUAGAAACAGGAAUAAAAUUCCAUUGCCGAAGUCGAUAGCUGGACCAGGAAUGCCGCUUCCACCUGAGCAAGAUACAUUGAUUAGCCCGAAUUACCAACUCGCUAUCCCGCGGAAGCAGUCGGCUCAGGCAGCGGAAGAAACGGAGGAUGACGAAGAAAGUACUGAUCCUAACCCAUCUCAAGAACCAAAGACGGAUGCCCCCCAGAGUACUCCUCAACGGGUAUCGUUUCCCCUUGUGAAACGCCCCAAGUGAUGUUAUUUCUGAAGUUAUGACGCUGACUUCGGAUUCUGAUAGGAAUGUCUUGUAUUCGUAUUCAGAGAAAUCAAAAAUCUGCAGUAAUUUGAGAACAAGAAUUGACAAAAGAGAAUGCCUGAUAAGAUCCACAAUGCACAUCCAACAUGGUGGAAAGAAAGAUGCUUAGUUGCUUAUUUAUUUACCUGACCUAAUCUUUCUUCCUGUCAGGAACAUAUGUCCUAUUGUUUUUUCCUUGUCUCGCAUAGUUAGAAUUAUGAGAACAAGAAUGCCUUGUAAACUAUAAUCUGAAAAGGAUCAAAAAGAAAAUAUUCAUUUA